AAAAAAAACAAAAAUUCCCCAAUUCCUCACCCGAUUUCGCUUCCUCUGUUCUACCUCGGCGCCGCCGCCGCCGCCGCCGAUCCCGGGCAUCUCCGGCGCCUGAUCGAUGUCCACUGCGAUGGACCGCCCCAACAGGAGCGCGAGCGCGGUGGGCGACCUCCCGAAUGGCCCCCUGGUGGAGAUCCUCUCCCGCGUCCCCGCCAAGUCCGUCUGCCGGUUCAAGUGCGUGUCCAAGGCCUGGCUCGGCCUCAUAGACGACCCCCACAACCGGAAGCGGCUCCCCCAAGCCAUGCAACGACUCUUCUGCAGGACGCACGAGAUCCCGGAGGGUGGCAUCGACAUUUUUAAUUUUGAAGAUGGAAAUGUGGGGUCUUUCGGCUUCAGUUUCGUCGACCUGGCAGCGAGAUCCGUGCCUCUGGACAUAGACCCUUGCUUCUCCUUCCUGACGGAGCUGCCUGGGAUCCAGAACCUCGUCUUGCGGAACUCCUGCAACGGGCUUGUCCUAUUCGAGAACCGCCAGAAGCCAUACUCUGGCACAUUGGCUUCCAUAAUGUGCAACCCGACCACAAAGCAAUGGGUAGCUGUGCCCACUUGCGGCUCUCCUGGAAUGUUUAUCUUUACCUACACAUAUCUGGCUUUUGAUGCGGCCGUAUCUUCUCACUUCCACUUGGUCCACUUCAAGGUGGCGUCGGGUGAGAAAUUGAUUUCAGUGAAUGCUUACUCAGCUGAAACUGGGACCUGGAGUCACAACCGAAUUGAUGAAGAAGAAGAGCAAUGAAAAUCGGAAGGAUGGCAUGAUCAUCAGGUCAGACUAUGUCUCGGGGAUGGAGGC